AAGUUAAUUACAUGUCAAAGAUGUGGCACAGUGAUCAAGACCUCACAUCACCAAUUCAGGCAACAGCGAAACAAAUGUUCUUCUAAAUUCUAAAACGUCAUGAUUUAUUUUAAUAAGUAAAUUUCUUGGAUUUUACAUUUCUGGCUUUCAUUUGUAAUCUUAAAUUCUUCUUAAUCCCGAUAAUAUCAAAACAACCCAAAACUGGCCAAAACAUAAACUGCAAACACGAAACACCCAAAUAUAUAUAAAAAAUAAAAAAUAAUAAUAAAAAAAAAGAAGAGAAAAUCCAAAGUGUAUGUGUGUGAGAGAAAGAGCUUCCCAAAGUUGCUGUACUUCCCCGUCAAACCAGAAUUUUCCAUUAAAAUAUGGGCAAAAUUCAAUUGGGUUUUAAGCAAUCUUGAUCAAACUUUUGAAAAUUUCAUCUGGGUAUUUUAAAUAUUGCAAAAUUUGUUUAUUUUUUUGCAAUUAUCAAGAAAAAAAGAAAUAAAGAUGUGGGGUUUUGGAGGAAGGUAUUAUUGGGGGAGGAGAGAGAUUGGAAGAAAAAGUGAUGGAAUUGUAGUUGUAUUUGCUUGGAUGUCUAGUGAAGAGAGACAUUUGAAGCAUUACAUCGAUCUUUACGCUUCUUUGGGUUGGGAUUCUCUUAUUUGUCACUCUCAAUUCCUCAAUUCAUUCUUCCCUGAGAAGGCAACCUUGUUGGCUGUAGACAUUCUGGACGAACUUAUAAAGGACUUGAAGAAAAGUCCGCGCCCUGUUGUCUUUGCUUCCUUUUCCGGCGGCCCAAAGGCUUGCAUGUAUAAAGUUCUGCAGAUAAUUGAGGGCAAAUGUGACCAACAUGACAAUCAGAUUAAUUAUCAAGCGGUCAGAGAUUACGUUGCCGGCCACAUUUAUGACUCCAGUCCUGUGGAUUUUACCAGUGACUUGGGUACGCGUUUUGUUCUUCACCCAUCAGUGCUAAAAAUAUCAAACCCACCACGAUUUGUGUCAUGGUUAGCAAAUGGAAUCGCCUCUGGUUUAGAUGGCCUUUUCCUUAGUAGGUUUGAAUCACAACGGGCUGAGUAUUGGCAGACUCUAUACUCUUCAAUUAGCAUGGGAGCACCAUAUCUCAUAAUGUGCUCCGAAGAUGAUGAUCUUGCUCCCUGUGAAACAAUCUGCAAUUUUGCACAUCGGUUGCAGGAACUUGGUGGUGAUGUUAAAUUAGUGAAAUGGACCAGUUCGCCCCAUGUAGGUCACUAUCGACAGCAUUCAAUUGAUUACAAGGGUGCUGUGACUGAGUUAUUGAGAAAGGCUUCAGCCAUCCAGUCACAAAGGAUACAGAGGCUUGAAGGAGGGACGUUGGGUUUUGAGGGUACAUGUGAUGAGAUUUCUAAACCAUUUAGGGACCUAAGGACUGCCGCAGCCAGCUCAAGUGACAUUUAUAAGAAAUUCUCAAUUGAGAUGGCAGAACAGGCCGUUGUGCCCAAAAGCUCAUUUGAGUAUCAUGGGGGUGGAGCUGUUGGAUCUGUCCAAAAUGAGAAGCCAAGCCUUGUUCGCCUACCCAGCCCACCAAGGAUCAAUGCUAAUGGGGUUCUUGGCCAAAUUCUCUUUGAUGUGUGUGUCCCAAAGAACGUAGAAGAAUGGGAUGUAGGUCCUUUAUGCUCUUUACGUCAUUCACCAUUUCCAACAAGAAGACAUUCCAUGCAUUUUAAUCCCAUGAAAUGCAUACGGCGUUCAAGGUUAUGAUUUAUAUGUCUGACCUUUUGACGGGGAUGGAGAGUGUUUUAGAUUUUGAAAGAGUGAGAUGUUCCUCCUAACAACAAAUGCUCGUGUGCAUUUCACUGCAACAUGAAUGCAGUGAAACAAGUGAGAAACUGAAUGCAAAGGGCAAAGAUUCUAGAAGUUUCGUUUCUCUGAUUGAAGCAAUAGGCAGGCUAUGUAGCACGCCUUCACUUUGGUGUUUAUAUUACCCCUAUAAAGCGUGUACAGUGGUUUGUGAAGUGCGACUCCCUCCAGAAGCUAUUUCAGAGAUAAAUCAUCUGUAAUAACUUAUGUAAAAGAUAAAUGUUAUUUAAUAUUUUAGAGUAUUCUGAGUACUAUAAUAAUAGUAUGAGAAUUAUGUAAAAGAUAAAUGUUAUUUAAUAUUUAGAGUAUUCUGAGUACUAUAAUAAUAGUAUGAGAAUUAUGUGUUGUCGUAUACAUGUAAAUGCCGGUUUUUAUAAUGCAACUAUGAAGUUUAUUUUGUUA